CUUCCCUUUACGCCCUUGGAACUGUCCGACCAAAAUGGCUGCCAUCGUUGCGAGACAAGUAAGCCGGGCUCCCCGUCUCCUUCAGCAGAGUGUCAGGCUCUCAGCAGCUUCUCACCGAAGCUAUGCUGACAUGGCAUUCACAUUUGCUUCACCUUAUGACGUCUACUACAAAGACGCAAAGGUGAAGCAAAUCGAUGUCCCUACCUUCAGUGGAAAUUUCGGUAUUCUCCCGGACCACGUGCCCACUUUGGCCGUCUUGAAGCCCGGAGUGGUCAACGUCUUCGAGGAAGAUGGCUCUCAAAAGAAAUACUUUGUGAGCAGCGGUUCUGUGACCAUCAACGAUGACGCGUCGGUUCAGGUCCUGGCUGAGGAGGCUCACCCAGUGGACAGACUGGAUGCUGCCGCUAUCCGAGAGGGCUUCAGCAAAGCGCAGCAAGAGCUCUCAUCUGCUUCCUCCGAGACGGCCAAGGCUGAGGCUCAGAUCGCUCUAGAAUGUUACGAAGCCUUGCAGAAGGCUCUGGACUAAAUUCACCUUUUCCAUUAGUUGUCUGAAUUAGAAACAAUUACUUUGAAGAGAGCAUAGAAAAUUGGGCGCGCGUUCUGGGGUGUUUUGAUUUGAAAUGUCUCUUUCAGAAAUUGUAGUGUGGGGAAGGGGGGGAGCAGGUUGUCUAUGUGAGUGUAUUGCACUUUGAAACUUAUGUGAAUGAUGAAUGUGUUUGCCAUUGAGAACUUAUUGGGAAUUUGUUGUGAUUCACAAUAUAAUUUCUGUAAAAGUGAUAGAUUGUUACCGAGUGUAUGGUGUAACAAUAAAUUUUCAUAAAACAACAAA